CGAUCCUCCAGCGUGUUUGCGAGCAGCGAGAGCUUGACUGUGUCGAUUCUGCCUGCUACGUCUUGUCCCAAGGACAGUCCUCGAAUGUGGUAUAUAAGUUCGCCUUAGGACGUGCGAUUUUUCACUCUUGGAGCACGCGUCAUGCCCGUCUGAGCCCAAUGACGACUGUUGCUCGUGCCAAGUAGUUCGCGAGCUGGCCGAAGCCAAGUUACGAGAGCUCGAUGUACCGCGCACCUCCGGCGUGGAUCACAAUCGCUGAUUGCCCUUGUCUUUCGCGACCUUCGCUUUCGAGGACGCGUCUUCCGCAUCCUUUACAUGUCGCUACGCCUUCUCCUCCGCGGUUCGAACCUUUCUGCAGCCGUCUCCGUGCGUCGAGUCUACCUUGCUGUUCCGCGCCAUUCCUUGCGUUGCGACCCGCAAAACACGCACAUACGUCAGACUUCAAGUCGUCCUCUUCGCCGCCCCUUUAGCAAGAGUACAAUCAAUUGGACGUCGAUUGUAUUUCUCCUCGCCAUAGGUGCAACUGUGACCUCUGGAGUGGGCGUGUACAAGACGUUCACGGCUUCGGCCAAGGCGACGCAAGAUCUCACAGAUCUGAUUCAGGUUGCGGGCGACAACAAUAUGCCCGUGCAACUACCUCGGGGUAGGCCAGGGACGUUGACUCCAGAGGAGGAGGCCAAGUUGCGGGAAUUGUGGCGCCUUACUCUUCAGGUCUCCGGUGUUCUGGUGCCGUUAACACAGACGCCAAACGGUAAGAGUUCACCGUCUCCUGCUCUAUCAAGGACGGCGUCGUCAUCAAGUAGCCCCGCGGAGAAGAAGAAGAAAAGCCGUCUCAGCUUUCUCAAGAAGAAAAAGGACAAUGCUGAAGACAAAGAAGCCCAAGAGCCUGCCAGAAGUGAGCCAUCAGUUGAUGCAACGUCUGGAUCUGUGCAUAGCAUAGCGGAUGGUUUGAAAGAUGACAAACACGGCACUGCUACUGCGUUCAAGGCUGCUUUAGCCGAGUCAACACCCGAAGAAAUUCAUGACGCCUUCUGGAACAUGGUCAAACAUGACCACCCCGAUGCUCUGCUGCUUCGCUUUCUUCGAGCGCGAAAAUGGGAUGUUAAUGCGGCGCUUGUCAUGGCUAUCUCUGCCUUGCAUUGGCGACUUGCGGAAUCCCACGUCGAUUCAGAUAUCAUGCCAAACGGGGAAGCAGGAAUGUUAGAAUGCUCCAAAACUCAGACUGGUCAAAAAGCAAAAGAGUGCGAAGACUUUAUGUCCCAGAUACGGAUGGGCAAAUCAUUUCUGCACGGCAGAGACAAGGAAGGCAGGCCGAUAUGCUACGUGCGAGUCCGGUUACAUAAGCCUGGUCAAGAAUGCGAAGAGAGCAUCGAACGUUUCACAGUGUACACAAUCGAGACGGCACGAAUGUUUCUAAGGCCGCCAGUUGAUACAGCAACUGUUGUUUUUGACAUGACCGAUUUCGGCAUGGCGAACAUGGACUACGCGCCGGUGAAGUUCAUGAUUAAGUGUUUCGAAGCAAACUAUCCCGAAUCACUAGGUGUUGUGCUCGUGCACAAUGCUCCCUGGAUUUUCAACACCGUGUGGAAGAUUAUCAGGGGAUGGCUUGACCCAGUCGUAGCAAGCAAGAUACAUUUCACCAACAAUCUGAAAGACGUGCAGGAGUUUAUAGAUUACAACAGCAUCAUUAAAGAACUCGGUGGGCCCGUAGAUUGGUCAUACAAAUAUGUUGAACCUAGUCCGAACGAGAAUGCAGCUAUGGCGGAUGUAACCACUAAGAUGAAGCUGCAGCAAGAACGUGCAGAGCUUGCAAAGGAAUAUGAGCAAACGGUCUUGGAUUGGAUCAACAUGUCGCCCUCGGGCACUGCCAUCACACCGGCUGUAGAUGCAGAUGCCCUGCGCAAGAAGCGAGAUGAAAUCGCUGCAAGACUAAGAAGGAACUAUUGGCAAUUGGAUCCAUACGUCCGUGCAAGAUCUAUAUACGACAGGCUUGGCGAGCUGAAGGCUGGUGACAUGGACGACUUGAGCGAAAAGAUGAACAACGCGACGUUGAAUGUUCCGCCGUCAAAUGAGAAUAGUGGAAGACCCAGCGAAGACAGUGCAGCUCAAAGCUUCCACACAUCGCGGGAGAGUUGGGAGGAUGAUGUGGAUUAGAGUUAAAGGGGUGAUUUUGGCUACCAUGUCAAUAUUCGGCUCAACGUAUAUACGAAAGCAAAAUGACGAAAGAUUUACUGUGGACCUUGAUAAAAGCUGGCAAUCGGCUUCUGCGGGCCUUCAAUCUAUGAAUUGAAUCCAGCGCUAAGACGUGCUCCCGAAUACUUGCU